AUGAAAAUCAUCAAUAAAGUACAAAAGGCAAUGGAAGAAAAUAGACCAUACUGGUCAUUCGAAUAUUUUCCUCCAAAAACUCAACAGGGAGUACAAAAUCUUUAUGAUCGUAUGGAAAGAAUGUAUUAUUUAGGUCCUGAAUUUAUUGAUGUCACAUGGAAUGCUGGAGGUACUUCUUCCCAACUCACUUCUGAAAUUGUGGCAACCGCACAAUCAGUUUAUGGCUUGGAAACAAUGAUGCAUCUUACUUGUACAAAUAUGCCUAAAGAAAAGAUAGAUAUAGCUCUUAAGCAAGCUAAAGAGUGUGGAUGUCAAAAUAUUCUUGCUUUGCGUGGCGACCCACCUCAUGGUCAAGAACGUUGGGAAGCAGUAGAGGGUGGUUUUACAUAUGCAAUUGACUUGGUUCGUUACAUCCGUGAACAAUACAAUGAUUAUUUUGGAAUUGGUGUAGCUGGAUAUUGUGAGGGCCAUGUUGACAAUCCUGAUAAAGAUGAUGAUUUACGUCAACUCAAAAAGAAAGUGGAUGCUGGUGCAGAUUUUAUCGUCACACAAUUAUUUUAUGAUGUAGAUGUAUUUUUAGAAUGGGUUGAAAAAUGUCGUGCUAUUGGUAUCAAAUGUCCCAUAAUUCCCGGUCUUUUGCCAAUACAGAAUUAUUCGGGAUUUAAUAGAAUCAUAACACUUUGUAAAACCUUUGUUCCUCAGAAUGUACUUGAUGAUUUGGAACCUAUCAAACAUGAUGAUGAUGCUGUCAAAAAAUAUGGAAUUGAACUGACCAUUCGAAUGGUUAAGAAGAUGUAUGCUGCUGGUAUUAAAGGAUACCAUUUUUACACAAUGAAUUUGGAAAGAUCCACACGUUUGAUUUUGGAAGCUCUUGAAUUUAUUGCUAUAGAAAAAGCCAAACCAUUACCAUGGUCUAUGUCUUUUUCAGCAAAACGUAAGAAUGAAAGUGUUCGUCCAAUAUUCUGGGGAAAUCGUUCAAAAAGUUAUAUUGCACGUACUGAAGCAUGGGAUGAAUAUCCAAAUGGUAGAUGGGGUGAUUCAAGAUCACCAGCUUUCGGAGAAAUCGAUGGCUAUGGUAUAUCACUCAAACAUUCCGAUAAAGAAGCACUUAAAUUAUGGGGACAUCCACAAACAUUGGAUGACAUUUAUAACUUAUUUGUUCAAUAUUGUAAUGGUAAAAUCAGUUCACUGCCAUGGUCUGAUCAAUCACUUGCACAAGAAACUGAUAUAAUAAAGGAUCGUCUAGCCAAGAUUAAUUCUAUGGGGUAUUUAUCCAUUAAUUCUCAGCCUGCUGUUAAUGGUGUCAGAAGUGAUAAUAAAGUAUUUGGUUGGGGCCCAAAGAAUGGUUAUGUAUAUCAAAAGGCAUAUUUGGAAAUUUUUGUUUCUCCUCUAAAACUUGAUUCUCUUAUUCUUAAAAUUGAAAAAGAUCCAAAUAUUACAUAUCAUGCAGUUAACAAACAGGGUGAUUUGAAAACUAAUACACAAAGUGAUGGACCUAAUGCUGUCACUUGGGGUGUAUUCCCUGGAAAAGAAAUCAUUCAGCCAACAGUUGUAGAGUAUAUGAGCUUUAUGGCUUGGAAGGAUGAAGCUUUUGAACUUUGGAGUGAAUGGGCAAAAAUAUAUGACAAGGAUACUAUUUCUUCUCAAUUGAUUACAGAAAUAAUGGAAAAUUGGUACCUGAUUAAUAUUGUACAUAAUGACUUUCAUGAUAAUGAUGGAAAUGAAGAACAAUGGUUAGAAUUAUACAGUAAUCUUUUGGCCGAUAAGCCUCAAAAAAUAGAAUUCAAAUCAACUGAAUCAAAAUCACCAGAUGAGGAUAUAACAUCUGAAGAAUAA